UUUCGUUAAUAUCGAAAUCGAACUAAAAGCGAAAGGUGUGAAGGCCUUGACAACUGACCUUAAUUUUGAUUUCUUUCCAGUACGUUGCAGCCUUGAAAGAGUCGUGGGGUAGAUAUUAAUUACCAGCAGUAGUUGAAUUUACAAAAAAAAUUGAGGAAAAUGGACAGCGAUGGUUUACCUAUUGUAGGACCAAAUGUCGAUUACACCAAGGUACGUACCUGUGUAAAAAUUUGUAGCCCAUGCAUUCUUAUACUUUAAAAUUAAUAACUAUACUUUUCCGUGUGGUACAUAGGAUUUUUGGUAGUUGAAAAAAGAAAACGUCCAUUAAGAAAAUGCUUUAAUCCGGUCGUGUUCAGGAGCCCUGGAAAAGAAUUGAAAUUGCACCUCCCCGGAAAUGGCAAUUUCUUGCUCAGGGGCAUAAAUUAAUUUCCAGUGUGGGUAACCGUAGUGUAUACAGAUCGUCUGCACAUCAGAGUAGGGCAGAUAAUGAAUUGAAAGAAAUCAGUGAAGCUAAGCCUGUGCUUCCUUGUCUCUUGUUAUGGUACAACUUGUUUGGGCUUUGCCAUAAUCAUUAUAUGAUUCAAAUGGUAAAAUCUUUUAAAUGCAAUGUGCGUAGCCCUGUUCAAAUGUGAAAUUGAAUGAGUUAUGUUUAUUUUCACAGGUUGGGCCAAUAAACCACAAGAGAACCUUAGCAUUCCUCAAUCAUUUUAUUACUCAUUCAGUUAGAUUCCUGAAUAGAUUUUCAUGUGUUUGUGAGGAGGUGAGUAUCUAUCACAAAAGUGAGUAAUUAACAUUGUUGCAAAAAUGUCUUCAAGCACAGGACCAAGAAAAAGGGUCUCUUUCCCCCUGAAUAGGGGUGUCCCUUCAAAAUAGGUGACAGAUAUAAGGAUUAUAUGAACUUUUUUCUGGGACAAAAGUUUGUCUCCCCUGAAUGGAGGUGUCUCCUGAAUAGAAGUGUCGAAGGGAGAGGUUCCAUUGUAUAAAGCAAGAACUGAUAAAGAAAUGGUGACUAUAACUUAAGUAACUGAGAAUAUCAAGUAAUUGUUUGUACCUCAUGUUUUUGAAUCACAGAAAUUAGCAGAUUUAUCCAAUAAGAUUCAGAGAAUUGAAAUAAUGAUGAGCAUUUUAGAAGCCAAGGUAGGACUCAUUACUGCAUUUGCAAUGUUCAAAAAGUAGGAAUUUAAAGUUGAGAUAUUAUUAAAUGUUCAAAGCCUCGGAGAAUCUUCAGGUCUUAGCAAAAAAAUUACUGGAAUCCAAUAUGGGCAUAACCUGCUGAUAAAAUUUUGUUUCAAGGCUUAUUAUUUUAGUUUAGCUAAUAAAUAAGUAAGAAAUACCCCUUCCUCUCCCUUGAAAAGUUGCUUUGUUGUGUGUGUUAAAUCUUAGAGAUUUUUUUGUUUUGUUGCCAAGCAUUUUAUACAUGAGCCUUGUUGCUUAGAAUAUUGGGCAACCACUUCCCAAGUCCUUGACAAUAAAUAAAUUAUUACAUUACAUUACAAUCAAACCAUGUUUUUUUUUUUGACGAAAAUACUAACCAAAAGCAACUUUGAAAAAGAGAAGUGGGUGAGGAAAGGUUUUAUGCAUACAUUUGGAGUCAAAAUAAUUCUCAUUUUAGUGUACAGUAGUUUCCCGGAGAGUUUUUCCUGCAUGUGUAUCUCCUUUAAAUCAUUGAUCUUAACUGAUUGGUUUUAUUCUCAACCACUGGUCAUGAUGAGAAAUAAUUACACAUCAAUUUAUCUUUUUCAUUUGCAAUGUAGUUAGCAUCUAUCCCAGGCCUUGAGGAUGUAACAGUGUCAACACCUGCGCCAAGUCAGCCUGACCAGGAAGCACCUGCUCCUGCUCCUGCUCCAGGCAUGGCUCCUCCUCCAGCUCCUGGUGCACCACAACCAUCAGCAGAAGUAUGUUAACCCUUUACACCCUAAAAUCAGUAUGCAUUUUCUCCAUAUAGUUCUCUAUACAUUUCCUAAGAUACUGACAAGGAGAAUUUGUUUAACAAUCAAGAGCUUCUUGAGUUGGUGUUCAUUUCCUAUAUUCUCCUAACCUUAAUGUGUGAUUGUGGGUUGUUAUUAUAAGAAGAAAUUACUUGUUAGUCAGUCUUAGAGGUCAAAGGGUUGAGUUAACAAAUAAUAACAGCAUAACAGUGUAGCCUUAAUAAUUAAUAGUGGGAUCUUGGUAGUGAAAGGGUUAAAUGAUACCCAUACCUCAAACUUUUUAAGAUAUACCAGUAAGUCCCCCUUCUUAUAAUAAGGACUUUAAGAAAACCACGAUGGCAACGGCAGUGAGAAUGUAGCAAAAUAAAAGCUAUCUGCAGAACAGUAGCGAAACAUGUGUAUUUUAAAUUUUUGGACAUUUCUUUGCUGUCCCAUACAAAUCUAAAACAUUAAGUUGCCAACUUUUAUGUCCUCUUAGCAAGGAAACCUUAACAGCAAUUUGGUCAUAUUUUUACCUUGAACUCAACAUUACAUUUACAUAUUAUGCCAAAGUGAAGAUGUUGUACUGUCAGAAACAUUGAACGUAUCUAGUUAUCAGUGAAAGUCUUAAAGGAAAAUAAAUUACAUUUUUUCAGCAAUGUUUUAUCACAGGUCACCAUAGUGACAUCUUAAACUCCCUAUUUAUGCAUCGGAAUGCAUGAGACAUUUUGCUCAAUUGGUUGGUUUGUUGGACUCCUCAUUGUAAUGCCCAGGUUCAAGUCCUGGUGGAGUCACAAUCUUGUGUACUUUGGAAAAUAUUUUACUUGUGCAACCCAAAAGAACAAGUUUGUGUAGCCAAAGCAACUUUCUCCCCCAAGAGAAACUUUCUCUUGGGGAGAAGCCUUGCAUGACAUCCCAAAGAAUGGCUAGGAAGCAGACUUAAGCCUUUAACUCCCAGAAGUGAUUAACAUAAAACUUCUCCCUACAAUAUCGAUACAUUCUUCAGCAAACAAGGAAUGAGAAUAUUCAAACUUACCAGGUAGAAUCUGCUAUCUUGAUCUAGCACCAAGUUCUCAUAACUAAUUUACAAGGAAAUGUGUAGCAGCUGCAGGGGAGAAUUAACAAUCAGAUCUUGGGAGUUAAAGGGUUAAGGAACAGAGGAUUAGCUCUGUGAUGGACUGGAGGGCCAUGUGGGGGGGGGGGGGAGGUGAGGGGUGCUAAUAUUGCUGGUAAGUUAAUGCAAUAAAAGCAUGAAAACCUGGAUGGCCCUUUUGGCCAUUGAGCUGGCUUGACCAAUUUAUCUUGAUUAUUCACACAGGCAUCCCAUCCACCCACCACAGAAGAACCAGGUAGGAAUCAAAAUACUGGGAACUUAGUCAGUAUUUUUUUGCAAAAAAUUGUAAAACAAGAACUUUUAAAUAGUUUAUGAUGUUUAUCAACAUCAUGAUAAUUAAUUGUACUGCUGUAAAAACAAUGUGAUAAUUGCAAACUCUCAGUAGGGGAACACUGAUAUAUUUCUAAGUUUUCUUUCUAAGGUGGUCAGGAUGGGUUCAUCUUCUGUAUUAAGGAAAUAGAUUUGUCAUAGUUUGAUAAUUCUUGAGAUGUCAAUAGCUAAUAGACGUAGCAUUUAUGAUUUAAAAGAAAUGUCCUGGUCCCUUCAUCAGAAUAGAAGGUUGGUCUACUAAUCUCAGCCAAAUGGAGCAUGCACCAACCAUUGAAGCUAUCCCCUUGUCAUCCUCUGUUCAGCUAACUCAAUUCACUUACUACUUGUUUUAUCCUUUUUUAAUUUUCUAUGAAAUUUACUGAUCAGCUCCAGAACCAGAGAAACCAGGUAGGCUCAGCAACAGAUACAAUUGCCAUACUGUCAAUUUACUUAAAAGAAAGGAAAGUGUACAUUACAAUUAGGCACUUUGCCUUAGAAAAAAACUGGAAAAACUUUACUCAAAAUCCAAUUUAACUAACUCUAGACUGCUAAAUUCAACACUUUCAGGCUCAGCUGGACUGUAUAUAAUAUGUUUGACGAUGGGGCUUAUGCUCAAAACUUCUGUCAGUGUUAGAACCUCUAAAAUUGUGAGGUGUCCUUGUUAAAAGAUAACUUGGCAUAAGGGAUAAGCAACUCAGAACAUUGUGACAUGGUGCUUUUAUGUGUCGGCAACACAAAUAAGUCUUCUUGAUGUCACCAAAAAAAAUGUUGAGGAAAACAACUAUUAGAUCAUUUAUCUUUUCUUUUUUAUCUGUUUUUUUAGCAAUGACUGUUUCCAAAGAUCCUAGAUAUGCUAAAUACUUUCAGAUGGUUAAAGUGGUGAGUAUUUUUCCAUAAUUAAAGGCAAAGGCAAAAUUAGAGGAAGAAAAUUAAAUGCAGAUGUUAUGAUAAUUCUUACUGCGACUUGCUACUUUUGACACAUUCUAAAGACUGUAUAUAGUAGGUGCUUCUCUUUCAAAUAUACCCCUAAUUUGGGACUCAGAAAACAAUUAACACUUUGAUUUGAUGCUGACACCUCAAUUGAGUACUGACAAAUUACAUGAAAGUUCAGGACACAUAAGCAAACCCCAAAAUCAUGUACAAAUGGCAGUUACUGUAGGGGAUUUAGUUUUGUAAGAGCAUGAUUCGCAUUUUCCUUGAAAUGCAUCAACACUCCAUCAAUAUUUCUCAUGUGACCAGUUCUCUUAAGUUUCAAAGUGAAAUGGAGAGGAUUCAAAUAGAAAUCUUAACCUGCUUUUUUAUUCCUGUCUCAAAUUAUCCCAAGGUUCCAUCAGGCUUGUUUAAUUCUCUUGAUUAAGAGGGUGUAAAUUCAGUAUAAACUUGUGGGGGCACUUUUUCAUUUUUUAGGGUGUCCCACUGAUGGCAAUUGCACCCAAAAUGCGAGCAGAGGGCCUUGACCCAAGUAUGCUGGAGUAAGUAUCAUGAAAAUCUUCCUUUUAUUGUCCUGUCAGCCACUUUUUCAAAGUUUUUUUUUAUUUUUGAUUAUUAACCAUCACAAGCAUUUCAUACACAGAAAUGAUUUACAUGUUCUCCCUACAGCAUAGUAGGAGGUGGGGGGGUGAGUGGAGGGGGUGCUGGACUUGUAUUCUGUCCUCCAUCCUGCUACUCACUGGAUUUGUGAUUUGUUUAUGGUUGCCCCAUCUUCAACUCCUUAGCUGUGCUGUGUAAAUAGCCAACUGGUCUGCCUCCUGCCAGUUGAGAUUUUCUAGCACUUUGCAAAGUACUGUUUCUCUCUCUUUCAUUUUGUAUAGUGCUUAGAGGCUUGCAAUAACAGUUAUAUGAUUCUUUUUUUUCAUGGCAUUGUUUUCCAGAAAUCCUGAUGCCCCAGCCCCAGAUGGUGGCCCAGCACCAGCCCAGGAGGAUGACUCUGACUCAGAGAUGUCAUCAACAUCUUCCUUUAGUGAUGAUGAUUGAUAGAUGGUCAUUGGAUGAAAUGCUUAUGAUCCCUGUGUACUACAGCCUAAAAUGAACCUUCAAACGAUCUUAAUACUUUGAAAGGGAAAAUGUGAAUUUUUAUUUGCCAAUAGUACUUUCAAGAACCAAAUUAAGAAUUUUUUUUUCAUUGUGAUGGAUGCCAGCUGAAAAAUAUUCUCUUUCUUCCUACCUGACGCAAUACAUCACCAAUCAUGACUUUUUUCUGUCUUUUGUUUCAUUUUAUCAUUUCACUUUGUCCUCCGCCUGUUAAAGCAUAUUUGAUGAAUAGAUCCCAUGUUUCUGUGGGUCAGUUCAGUAACAGACGAUGUCAAAAUGUGGUAAGGGGCACACAAGGUGCAGCUGAUCAUGUCACUAUUGUUCUCAUUUUGGUAUCUUCUGUGAUCUAUUACUGUACAGACAACAACAACAUACCAUCUACAUUUGUUUUACACGAAGAAAAAGCAACAUUUUGUUAAUGUUGAUAUCUAUUAUGUGUCUGUCCUCCAACAGAUCAUAAGUAAGAACCAGUCAAAAUUCACACACGAUUCAGCUUAUCAUAUAAAUAUGUACAUUUUUGAUAAAGCCUUUCCUUUUUUUGAUUGUGCAAUUACAAAGGUCUUUCGUAUGUUUUCAUUCUUUGUUACAUCUUAUGUUAUAUCUUAUAUACAAGAUAUGAUUUUUAAAAUGUCCUUCACAGAUCUUCAAGGAAAUAGAUAAAGAAUGCAAUGUGCCUGCUUCCAAAAUUACAGUGUUGAAUAAAAUACUUAAGUUAAAAGUCUACUUUAAUAGAAUUUGUAGAAGCAUAGUGGGUAUUACAUGCAAUUGAUACCCCCUGAAUUCUAUAUUCAUCAUCGUUAGAGUCUUUGUGUAGGUAUUUUACAAACAAAGAUAUAAUUAUUUGUAAAUAUAAAUCGAUGCAAAUUUUUACCAGCAAUAAAGCUUGUCAUGUCG